AUGCCACAGAAGAGAUACUCUUUGCCAAAAGGCCAUUUAGAUGGCCUUGCUGAUGCUUUGGCCAACAACAAGGAGUGCCGCGAGCGCUUGCUUGAGAGCCACGCCCUCUUGCGUUGGCCGGGCCCGAAGCAGACGGGCAAAGUGACACAGAAGGCUUUGAAGAUGAAUGUGGACGUCCUGUUGGUUGUGGGUUCCAUCCUAUGCCCACAAUCCCCAACCCAGAUAGCGGUCAAUGUGGGCCCACCCAAGAAGGAGGUGAGACUACUUCGACAGAAGUUGAAGAUGGAGCCGGAUCCCGCCAAUGUCGUAUGUGAAGGCCAUGCCAUUAAGGGUUUUUUGAGCCUCAUCAACAGACGGCUGUAUGCUUCAAGCAAGCGACGUGACCCGGAGUUGCAGCGGGUCUAUGCCUUCUUCCGGAGUCAUUGGCCUGGCCCCGAUGUCGUAGAUGAUGAGGAGCAGGAGGAUGAGCUGGGGGACGCGGCGGUGGAAUAUGAGGACGAUGGGGAAGAUGCGGAUGAUGAUGGAUAUGAGGACCUUGAAGAUGAUUUCCAGGAAGCCCUGUGUGAUACCGAGUUGCGUGAAUCUUUUGGGCUUGUGAGUGCUUCCUCGCAGCAUCCAGCAGAGCCGCCGAGCAGCGCUGACAACCCGACACCCGAGCACCAGAUCCCAGCGUCGGUCAUUGCAGACAACCCGACACCCGAGCACAAGGCCCCGGCGCCGCCGUCGCAAACACCGACCGACCCCUCUCCCCCGUCUGCCCCACCAUUGAAGAGAAAGGCCGCUUUUGUGGAACACACUGAUGUACGCAAGCAGCGCAUCGAGGAGCUAAAGUUGAAGAUCAAGGAGCGCCAGGCCGCUCUUAUGGCACAGCUUGCUCCACGUGAGCUGCCUGCCCAAGGGGUGCAUCCUUACCCGAACGACAUGGACAAUUUGGAGACGCAGCCCUACGAGUGCACGCUUGAGAAGCAGGAUCCGACCCUGGAGAUGCGAGCAGCUGGUCCGGACACGGGGCCCCCGAAUCCCAAGUGGAGCCACCGGCUUCUCCCGGAGUUCAAGGCCCCCGAAUCCCAAGUCGAGCCGCCGGCUUCUCCCGGAGUUCCAGACGAGGCCCCCGAAUCCCAAGUCGAGCCAGACCAGGAUACUGGCGACGGCAAGGCCGAGGAGGCGGAAUCUGAAGCGUUCGAUGUUUUCGCUGUUGAGGAAUCCCUGACGCGAUUGGACCAGCAACAGCAGAAGCCCCCGAAGCCGCGUGGGCGUGGGCGUGGGCGUGGGCGUGGGCGAGGAGGAGGUGGCGGUGGAGCGAUGAAGAAACCAGCUGCGGCUGUGAAAUCGGCUGCCACGCCCAAGAUCCAGGGCGAGACUGGGGACGAGGAAAAGCAGGAAUCCGAUCACGAGUCCCAUGCCGGAACGAUCCAUUACGAUGAGCAGCAGGUGGGUGCUGCGAAGGAGAAGGACCCAAAGCCGAAGAAGCAAGCCAAGGAUAAGCCCAAGCGAAAGCUACCGGCUUCGGAGCCAGCAGCCGCUGACAAGCGCAAGAAGGGUGGCAAGGAGUCGGAGCCUCCUGCAGGGCCACCUGCGGGCAGCACGGCGCCCGCAGACGCGAAGGCUCAGGGCGCCAAAACCUUUGCUCGCAGGUAUUGCCCGAAGGGUGGCCCGAACAAAGAGAAGUGGCUUGGGUUGCGUGAUGCAUACAACGCAGCAGUCAGCAUUCACAUUGUGUCGCCAUCCAAGAUGGAGGACCACUUCUUCAAGUUCUUCACGACCUGGUACACCAAAGAGACCUUGAAAGAUGCGACAGCAGACAGGUACAAGUGCCUGGCUCUUCAGAUCGUGCCUGAGUAUUUGCAACAAGAGGCUUUGAAGGAUCUUGUCAAAAAUGACGAGGAUGAUGAGUGA